AACACUGCCUCGCUCAUAUGUGUGGCCAUCAUUCUGACGGUCAUUGUGGUUGUCAUGGUGCUCGGAAACUUGCUGGUCAUCAUUUCACUGGCCAGGUUUAAACAUCUCAGGACUGUCUCCAACUCGCUCAUCGGAAACUUGGCUGCCAGCGACUUCCUCCUGGCCAUCACCGUUCUGCCAUUCUCUUCUGUCAACGAAUGCCUCGGAAGGUGGGUUUUUGGCAGAAUAACGUGCAACUUCUGGUUGAUGGCGGACGUGAUGUACUGCACUGCCUCCAUCUGGAACAUCUGCGUCAUUGCCCUUGACAGGUACACGGCCACCCUCUUCCCUCUCUGGUACCGUGAGAGGCGUUCGAACAAGCAAGCCUGUUUGUAUGUGGGAGCCAUCUGGAUGAUUGCCGUCGUCACGUGCGCACCUCCCCUCUUCGGCUGGAACGACCUCUCAAAGAACUACCAGGGCCUGGACAAUUUGACUGGCCACAUAUACGUCUGCCUUCUCUUCGACACACCCAGUUACGUCAUCUAUUCUGCUUGCGUCAGUUUCUACAUCCCCUUCCUGCUCACUGUUUUGUUGUACGUUCAAAUCUUCAUUGUCCUCAGAAAACGUUUGAAAUUAAUAAGAGAGAAGAACUCCAAACGCAAGGCGGUCGGCAUGAUGGCCUGGGUCCAGCGAAGACCCACCAAAUUAAAUCUCACUGGUGCCCCGAAAGUCAUUUCAAACAUCAGAAUCGACAAAAGACAGAGAGCCGACAAGAGAGAGAUUCGAGCGACAAUUCGAAUGGCAGUGGUCAUCGCGGCAUUCUGCACCAUGUGGAUUGGCUUCUUCACGUUGUACCUGAUCGAAGGAGUCUGCAAAGCAUGCAUUGUGCCGAAGACUGUUGGAGCGUUUGUCUUCUGGCUAGGCUACACGAAUUCUGCCAUCAAUCCUAUUCUCUACGCUAUUUUCAACGUGGAAUUCAGAAAAGCGUUUAAGAAGGUGUUGGGAAUA